AUGAAUUUUAAACAAACAAUUUAUUUAUUAGUUUCAAUUAUUCUCUUACUUUCUAUAAAAGCAUAUUCACAUGAAUUAGAUUGCGAUCAAUGUGAUAGUGUUCAAUCCUCCAGCGAUUCAAAAUCCAUAGGCCCAAUUUCAGAUAGUGGCUCUCAAUCUGCUCACAGUAGUGCAAGUGGUUCCCAAUUUAUUCAUAGUAGUGCAAGUGAUAGUGGCCCUCAAACUAUUCGUAGUGCAAGUGAUAGUGGCUCACAAUCUAUUCAUAGUGCAAGUGGUUCCCAAUCUGCCCAAAGCAGUGCUAGUGUUAGCGGCUCCCAAUCUGUUAACAAAUGUGGCUCCCAAAGUGGUUCCAGUAACUCCCAAUGUCCAUAA